UUGAGCAAUUAAGUAGAGAAAAGCACCUUCCCAAAAGAAAACCCCACACAUGAAGUACGUGAUAAGCACUUGCAAUAAUCAAAGCCAUGAUGGAACCAUGUGCGGUCCUAAAUUUUUGUUCUACACUUCACCUAUAUUUCAUCAAAUAUGCCACCUUUGACCUUCUCUCUCUCUCUCUACUCUCUCUCUUGUGAUAACCGCUGGAGUUACCAGUUGUUAAAGGCUGCUUCUUUUUUGUCUCUUUGGUGGUCUCUUUGUGCAGGCGAUCAAUACAAUAUUCACUCACAGCAAAGACCAAGUUUUACGUAAAUUCGGAAAUAUUCGACUUUCUAUCAAGAAAGCCAUGAGAAAUUUCAUGGUCUUCUUACACCACUACUUUAUGUGAUUGGGACAUGGACUGUUUAUUUCCUUGCUAUCAUGGAAAGAAAACGCCGAACUUGGAAAGCGAAAAAGUUUCACCGUUGGUUCUUGAGGAAGCAAAAGAAGGCCGAUUCGUUUCGACUAAGUGAUAAUUCAGAUGUGAGCGAAGAUGAGGAUGAUUUCACGGAUCAAUUAUCACUUCAGUCGUCGGAGAUGAAUCCGUGCAACACGAACGAUGAAUUGAGAAUUUUCGUGGGUACAUGGAAUGUGGCGGGAAGGUCUCCUGUGGGGAGUUUGGCUGUAGAUUUGGACGAAUGGCUGAAUCUCAAAGAUGCAGCUGAUAUCUAUGUUCUUGGAUUUCAAGAAAUUGUCCCAUUAAAGGCUGCAACAGUAAUUGGAGCAGAGGAUCCAACAGAAGCUACAAACUGGAAUGUACUAAUAGGGAAAACGCUGAACGACAAAUACGGAUGUCCAUCGUUAACACCUAUGGUACAUCCCAUCCCUAAUGAGAAUUAUCAAUAUAACGAAAAUCCCAACUCGGACCGGCACCAGAAUCAGUCAAGUAGGUACAAAUUAAUGGCAAGCAAGAAAAUGGUCGGUGUUUUUCUUAGUGUAUGGAUCAAAAGGGAAUUGCUCAACAAGUACGAUAUAUCGGGUGUUAAAGUCUGUUCGGUGGCUUGUGGAAUAAUGGGUUAUUUGGGAAAUAAAGGAUCGGUUUCCGUGAGUAUGUCUAUUGGAGGAACUAGUUUUUGCUUCAUAGCUGCGCAUUUAGCAUCUGGUGAGAAGAAAGGCGACGAAGGAAGAAGGAAUCACCAAGUCUCGGAAAUUUUCAGGAGAACCUCUUUCCCGAGGCUCCCGGAGGAUGGAGACAGAGUUCAUCCACUUACCAUCUUAGGACAUGAUCGGAUAUUCUGGUUUGGGGAUCUGAACUACAGAUUAUACCUAGAAGACAAGUCAGCAAGGCAGUUGAUAAAAGAGCAAGAUUGGAGUGGAUUGCAGAAGUUUGAUCAGUUGGGGAGGGAACUAGAAAGUGGCGGUGUAUUCCAGGGUUGGAAAGAGGGGAAUAUCGAAUUUGCACCUACUUACAAAUACUCUUCCUAUAACUGCAACAGGUAUUCGGGUGGAAUUCCAAGUAGAGCAGGAGAGAAGCAAAGAACUCCAGCAUGGUGUGAUAGGAUACUGUGGUAUGGUAAAGGAGUGAGACAACUUUCCUAUUUCCGAAGUGAAAGCAAGUUCUCUGAUCAUAGGCCUGUGUCAGCUCUUUUCUCUACUCCGAUUGGAGUAAAACAUGAAAAUGCAGGGUGUCCCACAACCCCAACCACUUUAGUCACCAAAACUCCUAGAAAAAUUCAAAGAAAAGAACCAUCUAGUGAAGAGGCUAUAUCCACAUUGCGGUCGUUGAUUGUGAGAGAUAUAGAAGAUUAGAAAGAUUAACCAACAAAUAUGAAGGCUUGUGGACCUGAUAGAUGAAGAAUGACGCAACUAUGUCUACCAACUGUGUUGAUAAAUCUUCAUAUACCCCCAGCCCGUUCCAUCAAACGAAAGUUAAAUUGUGUAUAGGAUGAGGAAAAAGAAAACGGGAAAAGGUCAUAUGCAUGUUGAAAGAAAAUUGUAAUAGUUGCCUAAUGUCGGGUUUUGAUAUAAGAAAACGGAAACUAUUUUGAUUUAUACGAGGUCAG